GGAGCCAUUACUGCACCAGUUCAGCAAUGCAGGAACAAAAAACAAACCUAAAGAGAGAGAAAAAUGUUUGAUGUUUCGAUGCACAAAGCUAUUCAUCUAUGCGUCGGAAACACACACUGUGCAUUCUACUAGAUGAUAGCCGUUGGAGUAAGCGAAAUACAAGAGUGAUAUAAAAAGAGAGGGAGAGUACUCGAGUGACGUUUUCGAACGCAGCCCUACUAGCGGAUAAUAGCGAUAGACCAAAUAAACAGUAUUCUAGGUUAGGUGUUUGACAAUGAAUCCUUUAACAAAUGUUAAAAAUAUAAAGAAGCUCAAUGAGCAAGAGUUACGAGGCUAUAAUAAAACAUCAUGGCAUGAUCAAUAUAAAGAUAGUGCUUGGAUUUUUGUUGGUGGCUUGCCAUAUGAUUUGACAGAAGGUGAUGUGAUUGCUAUCUUUUCUCAGUAUGGUGAAAUAGUCAAUAUAAACUUGAUCAGAGAUAAAGAUACUGGGAAACAAAAAGGAUUUGGCUUUCUAUGUUACGCAGAUCAAAGGAGUACCAUAUUGGCAGUUGACAAUUUUAAUGGCAUAAAGAUUCUAAACAGAGUGAUACGAGUGGACCAUGUUGCUAAUUACAAAGUACCAAAGGAUUCUAAAAACAUAGACGAGGAAACGAGAAAGUUGCGGAAAGAAGGUUGUGCUCCAAAAAGAUUGAGAUGUACAUAAUCUGUAUGUAUAAACAAUAAAAUACCGAUAUACUUAGACA